UUGACCAUGAUGGACAGGAAUCAAUCAAAUGCUGAUAUUGAACUAAAACAGGUCCUAGAGAACUUCACUGAACAUUGUGAUAAAUACAUAUCAAUAACUGAAUCAAGAUCAAAGGCUGAUAUGCGCAUCAAACUCGAUCGUGAUAGGAUGGAAAUGUGCCUUAGAGAAAUAAAAUCGAUCAGAGAAAAAGUAGAAAAAUUGAAAGCUGAUGUCACGAAACAAUCAUUAGGAGACGCAUUUAAUGAAGCACAGCUUUACUUGGAGAAACUGAAAAAUAUGGUCGAAGAUCCUCAAGACGCACUUCCGGAUGUUUUUUUGUGGCUCAUAGUCAACAAAAAAAGACACGCACAUUUCAGAAUAGCGGCAAAGGAUUUGAUAUUCUCCGCGAUCGAAGAAGAGCGAGGAAAAUUUUGUUCAAAAGUCAAUACAAUAUUCUUUAAGCUUCCGGCUCAUAAAACAUCAGAUUCAUGUAGCAAAUGGCUGCAAGCCAAAUUAGAUAUCUAUCUAUGGCUGGAUUUAUUCAAGGAAAGAGAACAUUUCUUAAAGGGAUACCCAGCAGGAUACGAAAGGCCAAUUGAAGUUGAAGAUAUUGAAAAACCAAACUUUCUUCCACCUUUGAAAAUACAUUACACAGAGAAAAACAUGUUUGAGUUUCGAGCUCAUAUGCAUGAAGCGUGUGCACUAAAAAUAUCAGAUGAUUAUUCAGGUCAAUCUGAUCCUUUUGCACGAGUGUUCGUCGGAGAAUAUUCAAUACAGACUGAGGAAAAGAAUAACACUUUAACGCCAAAAUGGGAGAAAACAUUGAUUAUCGAUGGUAUCACGCUGUACGGAUCGAAAGAGUAUAUAAAAAACGAACCACCUCUCAUCGCAAUAGAAAUUCUAGAUAAGGAUACUUGGUGUGAAUCCGACUUCUUAGGAGUAGUCAUUGCAAAACCUCAUGUUAAACUAGCAAACGAAGAUGAUUGCGCCAUUUCAUUGGAAUGGCAUAGUAUUCAGCAGCGAAAUGGUGAUCAUUCUGGCGGACUUUUUGCAAAAUUUGAACUCAUUCAGAAAGAAUAUUCCCCUGACUCUAAUUGUAGAGACGUUCAACCUAGCUUUAAAAUAUCACAAAUUCCAUCUACCAUUGCACCCAAAAUGGCAACGUACCGAAUAGACGUCCUUUUUUGGGGUCUAAGGAAUUUAGAAACAGGUAUUUUGGCGAAAGUCAUAGAACCAACCGUACGAGUAGAAGUAGAAUGCGAAGGAAAAAAUCUAUACUCAUCUGAGAUGCAAGUUGCUCCGUACAACCCUCAUUCUAAAGAUUUGGUCCAAUCUCACAAAUUGGAAUUUCCAGAAGAUACAACAUACAGGUCAUUACCACCUUUAACAAUACGCAUGUUUAAUAAGCAAAUAAUUGGAAAGAAAUCAAUAGGUUUUCAUGUCAUUGAAUCGGUUCAAAAAUAUAUUCAUGAUCCUGCGAUCGAAUAUGGAAGAAAUGACAUUAUUGGAGUCAAUGAUCUUAAAACGUUACAUUCGACGAAAGAAGAAAUAAUUGAAUUGGACAAGGAUUUAACUAUUGAGAAUCAAACACUCGGUAACUGCGUAGAUUCAGAGGACGCAGAUGAUACUCGUAACAGUUGGUGGGCAAGAUAUUCCGCGUCUAAGGAAACACAUUUUUCUCAAGAUGAACCUGAGGGAGAAAAUCAGGAUAAUAAAAAGAAAACAACAGUUGCAUUCGACGUGUAUCCAAAUGAACUGGAAGCACAGCCGGAAUUUGACCGUUUUCAGGACUUGUUUUCAUCAUUCGACCUUUGCUGUGAGAAAGAGAACCCUGACGACAAUAAUGAAGUUACUGGUACUUUCAAGGGUUCAUUCAAAGUAUGUAAAUUACCCUUACCGGAGAAUAUGCCUUCUGAUCUUGAAUUUGUGCGCAGACUUCAUCGAAGUCUUUCAUCUAAUAAUUCUACUCGUGUGAUGGUCCAUAUUUACAUCGUCGAAGCUAGAAAUCUUCAUCCGAAUAAUUCACAAGAGGAUUCAGAUCCUUACAUCAGUCUUUUUUUGGGAUCGGGAUCGCAAACGUUAGAGAGUGAUUCAAUUUCGAAUGAACAAAAUCCAGUAUUCGGAAAAUGUUUCAAAAUUGAAGCUGAUUUUCCUCAAGAUUCACUGUUGACCAUUCAAGUUUGGGACAAGAUACUACUAGGUUCCGACUUCUUAAUUGGUGAAACAAAAAUCGAUCUGGAAAACCGAUUUUAUAGUAGACAUCGUGCAACGUGUGGUUUACCAAAAAAAUAUGAAACAACUGGUUGUAACAAAUGGAGAGAUAUAAUGACGCCAACAGAAAUAUUACAAGAGCUUUGUACAAAUUCUAAGCUAGAUCCACCUUCCUAUGAAACAAGUGCAGUUAAAAUUGGUUCUAAACGAUUUAAGAUUCCGAACGCGGCAAUCGAAGGAGAUGACGAACAAUUAGCCUUAGCUAUACUGCAUCAUUGGGAUAAAAUGGAACCACCUAUAGGUUGCGCUUUAGUUCCAGAGCACGUUGAAACGAGACCUUUAUACAUGAAUAUACCUGGCGAAGAAAGUAUGGAGAGAGGUAAGUUAAUAAUGUGGGUAGAUAUGUUUCCCCUGGAUAAAUCUGCACGUAACUCGGAACUACGAGAAGUCGAUAUAUCUCCUAGAAAACAAGAAUCAUACGAAUUACGAGUGAUUAUAAAAAAUACUAAAAAUGUAAAGCUGGACGAUAAUGCUUUCUUUACUGGUGAAAAAAUGUCAGAUAUAUAUGUAAAAGGAUUUCCGAAAGGAGCUAAAUCUGCUAGAUUAUGUACAAUGCAUACGUUGGAAAAGAACGAUCCUAUUAACAUGAUCAAUAUAUUCGAGAAAAAGAAAGUGAAUGGAUGGUGGCCUUUCUACACUAUAAAAGAAAACGGAGAUAAGGAAUUGACGGGAAAAGUUGAAGCUGAGUUGCAUCUUCUCACUAAAGAAGAAGCCGAAAAAAAACCAGCUGGAGAAGGCCGAAGCGAACCGUAUGCUUUGGAUAAACCAUUGCGUCCAGAUAGUUCGUUUCUGUGGAUUUUAAAUUUCUCCAAGACGGCCAAACACAUAAUAUGGAAAAAUUACAAAUGGACUAUAUUAAAAUUUUCAUCCAUCAUUUUACUCGUCGUAUUCAUCUUUGCAGUAUUUUUUCAACUUCCACAUUACUUGGUUGUUAAACUAUUCGAUAAAUUGUAAGCUUUUUAGCGUCGGUAUCUAGGUGCCUACCUAUAAUUAAUCACCUUUUAAUAAGAUUGAUUCACGUAAUUGUAGAAAUUAAUGAAAU